AUUAAUGAAGCAAAAGCUGCUAUAGAGAAACCACAAGUAGAGAGUCUACACUGGAAUGGAGAUAUGCACUUCUGGUGUUAUUUUUGCAAAGCCGAGUAUGAACGUCAUGUUAGGGUGGAUAGCGGAGUGACGAUUAUAAAUGCUGGAUUGCUCAAGCAUCUCACCGAGGAGGAUCACGAUAAGGAAAUCAAUGCGUUUUUCUGGGAGAACAAGCUAAAUAAGGAAAUGAAGGAAAAAUACAGGAUCUCUGCUGAAACCUACUCACGAUUUGAAGAACAAUUCCAAACAGCAGUGGAUCAAUAUCAGUCCGCAAAGUGCAAGCAGCAUAUUCAGGAGGUGCAGAAAAUAGAGUGGCAAGAACGGCGGAGUCAUCACACGGUAUCGCAGGUUUCACCAGCGAUGGCGGUGGCACAGUUUAAGCAGCAGCAUCAUCGGAGUGGGUAUAUCCAACACAAGAGACAAAAUAUGCCACUAGGUGGGGCCAUAGGUUCAGACUUGAAAAGGAUACGAACAGCGAGUGCUAAAGGAGAUGGCCUUACGCGUGUUUCUAUUAAGAGUUUUCUCGAGAGUGAAGGAAACGUACAUUCUGGAGGGUUGCCACCCUGGCUGCAGGACAGUUCGUUGACUGUAGGCACGGCAGCAGCAGCAGCGGCGGUAUAGUACAGGCGGGUCCCAGUCUAGCUGACUACGAGCAGCAUUUGACAAGGGUUAAGAAGGAGAGAAUGAAUCCUAACCGCGUAGGAGCCAGGUUUGAUCACAGUACAGCUACUGGCUCUGCAUGGCUGCCUUCAUUUGGCAGGGUUUGGAAUGAGGGAAGGCGCUGGCAGUCUAGGAGACAAUACAGAGCAGAGGCUAAUGCUAACCCAUCCACUUCACGGGCUAUACAACUAUGGAAUGCUGGGAAUUCAAGCGCAUACAAUAGACAAUGAUGAGGACCUUUCGGCAGCUUCUGGCCAAUGGUGGUGAAGCGUUGUGUACAUUUUGUUGUAACGUUUUUGUAAAUAAAUUUGUGCGAUCGUGUAAACUGACUGAACAGACGAAAUCGCGCAUGUUUCCACUCUU